GGACUGGAAGGGUUAUUUAAAUGAUUUCUCCUGAUCAAUGCUCGUUGUUAACAUCAUCUCACGGGCUCACUAACGCGAAGCGACCAUGGAAACAGCAGUACCAAAACGCUACCGGCGCAAUUUACCAACUGACUUGCGGGCCACUGGUUCAUUCCGCCUCACCGCCUUGGCAGACGCCACAAAUGAUGCAAGUUGGAGAUUACCAUCCCCUAGGAUGGGCGCAGCCACUCUGCCAUUUGUCCUGAGAUCUACUGCAAAUCACGAGGACAGGACUCAAAGUACUCGCCAUCGAACGUACCAUUUGUCAACUGUGCAAGCUGAGCACACCUCUAACACAAGUGCUGCACACGGGCGUAUGGUGGAUUUGCCACAAUUCAGAUGUAUUCGGAAAAGGACGACUUCGAUAGAAAUGAGACACUCCACGAAAAACUCACGAUUCUGUGCCAAAUCCGCAGUGCGGCAGCCAGUGAAAGCAGUUCAUUCCGAGACCGCACGUGAUUCUGGAUCACAAAUAGCGAACCCAACUUGUGGCCAAACAUCACUAGUGCCUCUAACAGAAGCGCAUCUUAUCACUAACGAAAUAUCUACCGGUCAUGCUCGACUGGGUAUCGUAACCAACCCCUACGUCCGUCGGAGAUAUAGUGCAGGUAGCUACAAUGGGUUACGGUUUGCUGAAGCUAAGCUUUCGAGUACACCUACAGAUGAAUCAUUGGCUGCGGAUUCAUCUUUUCAGACAGCGCCUCAAGUUCGAGAACAUAAUCCGGGUGAAAGUUACACGACCCCCUGCAUGACACAACCCAUGGAAAGUUAUGUGGCAUCCCAAGGAAGCAUACUGGUUAACUUAAAAUCAACUAACUACCUGCAACCCAGUCCACAGAGCGACAAAUGCUAUCUGGCAAACAGACGAAACGAGAGACACAGCGUGGGGACAACGCAGAAUGCACACAAUUCCGAUAUGGCUACAGGUUUCCACCCAAUUGCCAAACGUCGAAGCUCAGGUUUUUUAAAUGGCAUCCAAAAGUCUACCAGACAUACUCUGAACACCUUGAAAAAGGCGCUUGGUAUUUCUGCCAGCGGGAAUCCAGCGUCAGCGAAAGCAGAGAAAUCCGUUUCGUCAUCUGUUGAUCUCCCAUGUGAGGACGGACAAACCGGACCCAAGCCAAAACACUUUGACUCACCCAUUGCCGACGUCAGUCAGAACACGACUCACGCCAAAACGGUGGUUAUGACCAGGCAUUCACCUAGCCAGCCAUUCGGCUUAUUCGUAACCAAACACGAGACAGGUUUCUACGUUUCUCGCUUAUCCGAACAGUUCCUCUCAGUUCCCAAUCCACCCAUCAACUGCGGUGAUCAGCUGCUGAAAGUCGGAGGAGUGUCAUGCUCGGAACUGACUAUUACAGAACUGCAGCCAUUGUUCAGUCAACACACGUCGGUAGUUCUGACACUGAAACCCCCGGAAGAUAAAUUCUGA